AUGAAUGCCCAAGAAUCUUCGCAUAUGCCAAGAGCCUGUGGUAUAUUCCAUAUGCAAGCUUGUUUUGAUGCGAACUUUUGCGCGUCACUGAUCAAAUCAUGCAAGACUCUGGGCGAUGUCGAGUCCGCCCACGCUCGGCUUCUCUCCAAUCCACAUCUUCUUCCCUCUUCCGGAGUGUUCCUCCUCAAUCUCCUCGUCCAAAUGUAUGCCAAGUGUGGCAGCCUUGCCAAGGCCGAGGAGGUCUUCGCCUCGAUCCCUCACAAGAACACUUACUCGUGGGUUCUCAUGCUCUGCGCGUAUGCCGACCAUGGACGCUUCCAUGAGGCCAACGAUAUCUUUGAGAAGAUGCCCGAGUGGAACGUUGUGGCCUUCACCGCUAUCCUUGACGCAAAUACCAAGUCUGGGCAUUUGGAGGGUGCUAGAAAGAUACUCAAUGAGAUGCCGGAGAGAAAUCUCGUGUCAUGGACAGCAAUGCUGUCGGCUUACGUACAAGCAGGCCAGUUUGAGCAGGCAAAAAUUGUAUUCCUUGCAAUGCCAGAGUGGGAUCUUAUGUCAAGAAACGCAAUGCUGUCGGCAUAUGCCAGAAAUGGGCAUUUGGAAGAGGCCAAGCGACUGUUUGAUUCCAUGCAGCAGCGCGACAUGGUGACGUGGGCGGCAAUGCUGUCGGCCUACACGGAGACAGGGCAUCUGGCGGCGGCAAAAUAUACGUUUGAUUCUAUGCCGGAGCAUAAUCUAGUCUCAAAGACAUCGAUGGUCGGAGCAUAUUCCCAGAACGGGCAAAUGGAGCUCGCCAAGCAAGUGUUUGAUUCAACCCCAGAGCUCGACGUCUUCUCUUGGAACGCAAUGCUCUCGGCCUUUGCAAACAAUGGCUACCUCCGGGAGGCUAAAGAAUUCCUGGACGAGAUUCCGGAAUGGAAUGUGGUUUCCUGGAACGCUUUGCUUUCGGCAUUUGCUCAAAGGGGUCGCUUAGAUCACGCAAGGGAUCUCUUCGACUGGAUGCCGGAGCGCGAUCGCAUCUCCUGGUCUUUGAUGCUGGCGGCACUCCUGCAAAGAGGGCUCCUCCGCGAAGCCAGAGCUCUUCUCGAUCGGAUGCCCGAGUGGAGCGCCAUGGUCUGGACGGCGAUGCUCACCGCCUUCUCGGAGCACGGGCAUCUAGAUCAAGCCAGGAAGAUCUUCGACGAGAUUCCAGAGAAUAAUCUCGUAUGUUGUACGGCAAUGUUGGCGGCGUACGCCGAGAACUCGCUGCUGGAACACGCCAAGGAGAUAUUCGAUGGCAUGGCGGAGAGGAAUCUAAUCUCCUGGAACGCCAUGGUCACGGCAUAUUCCCAGAACGGCCACCCUCGCGAGGCCAAGCGGCUCUUCGACUCCAUGCCCGCUUGGGACCUCGUCUCGUGGACCGCCCUGUUGACCGCCUACACGCACGGCUUCCACGUGGACGAGGCCAAGUCCACGUUUGACCGGAUGCCGUACAGGGACGUGGUGGCGUGGAACGCGCUGUUGACCGCAUACGUGCAGGGCGGCCACGUACGGCAGGCGCGGAGCCUGUUUGACGCGAUGCUCCAGCGCUCGCAAGUGUCGUGGAAUCUUAUAGUGCACGGAUAUGCCCAGGCCGGGCAUAUGCUGGGAGCCCGGGCUCUCUUUGACGGUAUGCCCGAGAGGGAGAUCCCGGCGUGGACGGCCACGAUUGCGGGAUAUGCUCAGUCCGGGCAUCCCACGGAAGCGCUGGAGCUCUUCUGCGAGCUACACUUGGAAGGGAUCAAAGCGGCAGAGGCGUCGUUCACGUCGGCUUUGAUCUCUUGCAGCCAUGGCGGGGAUUUGCGCUCGGCCUGCCGAUGGUUUGCGUCGAUGAGCUUGGACUUUGGAUUGACACCCAUGAAGCAGCAGUUCAGCUGCAUGGCGGAUUUGCUGGGCCGAGCCGGGCAUGCCCGAGAUGCCCAAGAGCUCAUGGAGACGAUGCCUUUCCAGCCCGACUUCCAGGCCUGGCUGUCGCUGCUCGGGGCCUCGUUCCGGGGCCCGGGCGAUGCCGAGUGCGGAGCUCGGGCAGCCGAGGCAGCGGUGGAGCUCAACCCUCACGUCGCUGCUCCAUACGUACUCGUCACGAAUGCGAUGCGCUAUUGUUAA